AUGGCUCCCCGAUCUCCGACGCACGCAUUCGAUCCCACUCCGGCCCUCGAGCAUGACCCAGACAACUUUUCUCCUCUCAACCACCCCCGGACAAUAAGCUCGUCCCUUGAUCCCCGAGCCGUUCGUUUCUCAGACCCUCCCUCAAUGCCGAUCAAAGGCCGUCACUCUAUAGCCACCACCAAUGUGCCUCUACUUCCCCCGGUAUCUUCUGCCAGUCAACUACCCAAGCAUGGCUUUCAGAUGACAAAUCCCACCCCCGAGGUGGACAUCACUGCCUAUAUGGAGCAAUGCCGGUUGUGGAAUACUCAGCUGAGACAGUCUCAUGAAAGCGAGCGAAAAGCCUGGGCCAUUGAACGGACGGCGCUCAAGGCUCGCAUAAGCGAAUUAGAACAGACACUCAACAAGAGCAGAGAUCCUAAGAGGAGAUCGAGUAAUGACUCGACUGCCACAAGUCUUCGUUCUUUCAAGUCAGAUUUUCAGCCGUUUGGGAUCAAUGGCAAACACCGUCCUCGGAUCUCUCCUGAACCAACCAUUACAGAAUCGCCCGUCUGGAAAGGUCCUGAAUCCACUCCGCCCGUAACCAGAGUCUUCGCCAGUGAUGACGAAGUGUGUCAUCUGCCAAGCAUUUCGGAAGAUGAGGCCAUGCCCGCUCUGUCCAAGGAGGUCUCGCCGACCUCUGGCGGCCAAGAGAAUAUUCCGAUACCUAUCGAGAAGGUUGACAACACCCUUGAUGGGAUUACCCUCAAAUCGGCUGCCUUGACCUCCUCGUUCGAUAAGGAAAUAACCAGUCCACAGUUCGCUAGCCCUGCUUUGUCGCCUGUACCACAGCCCAACAAAGAGGAGCCUUGGAGACUCGAUGUGAGCACUCUCAUAUCGCCGCUGGAUGAGAAGUUGAAAAGACAUGCUGGCCAUACACCCAUGGCGUUCGAUGGCAAUCUAUCCUCGGACGUCGCGAGCAACGCAUUGACACCGAAGCAAGAGAAUCCUCUUGCUCCCGCCCCGACACAACGUCCACCACUUCGUCCUUCGGAGAACUCUGACUCCUACUUUUCGUUAUCUUCAGCCCCCGAGGAAAAGGCAAAAGAGCCUCAAGAGCCAGAACCAGCCCACGAGACGCUUCAUGAUCCUCCGCUGAAAGGGCCACUCAUGCUUGAUCCCAACGCUAAGACCGUUGAGUCGGUUGAGUUUUUAAACAUCCUCGAUGGUAGGCUCAUCGAAGAGAAAGAACAGCAGGACAGGGCCGAGUCCAAUUUGUCAGGCGGCAGCAGCGAGGAGCGGAAAGCAAGUAAGCAACAACCAGGAGAGCCUUCUGCUAACGACGAUGACAUGCCAAGGUUAAGAAUGAAAAACAGUAUGAACUUUGGUAGCGCAUGGGGUCGGAUAUAG